AUGGAUCAAGUAAUUGGUGCCGUGAUAAAUGAAUAUCGAUUCUUGAAGGUAUUAGGAACUGGAUCCAUGGCAGAGUAUUAAUCUUAGUUAUUUUAAAGUGUGUAUCAAGUGUAGGAUGUAACUUCAUAAGUUUAUUAUGCCAUUAAAGUUUAUACUUGUCCUGCCAGUGAUAUAAGAUGUCACAAUGAAGCAAAAAUUUUGGAAAAAUUGAGUCAUUCCAAUAUUAUCACUUUAAGGAAGAAUUUGCAGAUGAAAUUCAAGGUAAAAUUCAAUUUUCUAUUUAUAGGGAGAUUCAGGAGAAAUUAUAACAAUGGACUGCUUAGUUCUGGAAUACUUGGAAAAAGGAGAUUUAUUUGAUUUCAUAGCUAAGACUGGUAAUUUUGGAGAGAGUCUGUGUCGCUAUUACUUUAAGCAAUUGACUCAAGUGGUAGAGUUCAUGCAUGGAUAGGGAUUUGUUCAUAGAAAUCUAAAAUUAGAGUCAAUAUUAUUAGAUAGAAAAUUUAAUCUAAAACUAUGUAAUUUUGCAUGCGCCUCAUAUUUGAAUAAAUAUAAGGAUGGCAAAUUGAAAACUAAGGUUGGAACUAAGAGUAUUAUAUAUCAAUAUUUAUCAAGAUUACCAAGCGCCAGAAGUAUUGUAUGGAGCAAUAUAUGAUGGAGUUAAAGCAGAUGUUUUUUCAUUGGGAGUCAUUCUAUUCAUUAUGUAUAAGGGUUAGCCCCCAUUUUCGAAAGCUAACUAAUAGGAUGCAUUAUACAAUUUGAUCAUCUAGGAGAAUUACAAAUAAUUUUGGGAAAUUCAUUCGUAAAAAAUGGAGUUUUCGUUCGAUUUCAAGUACUUAUACAAUUUAAUUAUAGGGAACUCUUUUUGGGAAUGGUAAAUCCAAAUCCAGAAAAGAGAUUAAAUAUAGAGGGAGUAAAAAAUUCGAAAUGGUUUGGAGGGGUUUCUAAGACCAUUUAAGAUGCUUAUGAAGAAAUGAUUAAUAGAGAGAAAUAUAUUCUUAAGGUGUGAUAUGUUAUAUGAUUAAUAUUAAAAAUUAAAAUGGAAGCUC